AUGCGCCAAGUCCUCUCCAAAUUCAAACAUCAGCCCUGGCGUCUCUGGAGCGGAUAUACCGCGCUCGUCGGUCGCAAUCUCCCCACAACAGCUAUUCAGUUCCCGAUGUUUGAAUUUGUUCGUUCGCGGUUGAUUGACCGGCGCCGGAGACGGAAGGCGGAGGUUGCUCGUCUGGGGAAUGGCCGUGGUGCUUUUGAAUCCGAGCAGUCGGAUCAGUUGAUUGAACGGGCUGGGUUGACGGGUCUUGCGGCUGCUAUUUCGGGGACGAUUGCUUCGACGGUCACGACGCCGAUUGAUGUUAUUAAGACCAGGGUUAUGCUUUCGGCUGGGGAGGGUCGGUCUGGGGAAUUAGAGGGAUCGUUGAAUGGGAGGAAAGCGAGGAAAGGACCGUUUGGUGUAGGGAGAGAUAUACUGCGUAAUGAGGGUGUUCAGGGGUUGUUCAAGGGUGGCUUGAUUCGGGCUGGAUGGUCGGCUGUUGCUUUAGGGUUGUAUCUUGGUCUUUAUGAAGGUGGGAGGUUUUGGCUUGAGAAGAGGAGGAUGGAGAGGGAUGGGAUGAGGAGAGAUGAUGGGGGCCAGGUUAUUUAG